AUGCUAGAGACCUACUGGAACCUCACAGCUAUAGGCUAUAAUUUGAAAAAUCAUCAUAUUGAAGAACAACAUCAAACUUCUAGAAGUCACAAAAGGCAUGAAAGAAGUCAUACUGGAGAUAAACCUUAUGAAUGUAAUCCAUGUGGUAAAGCCUUUUCAUGUCACAGUCAUCUCCGAUCUCAUGAAAGAACACAUACUGGAGAGAAACCUCAUGAAUGUAAUCACUGUGGUAAAGCCUUUUCAUUUCACAGUCAUCUCCAAAGACAUAAAAGAACACAUACUGGAGAGAAACCUUAUGAAUGUAACCAAUGUGGUAAAGCCUUUUCACGCCACAGUACUCUCCAAUUACAUAAAAGAACACACACUGGAGAGAAACCUUAUGAAUGUAACCAAUGUGGUAAAGCCUUUUCACGCCACAGUACUCUCCAAUUACAUAAAAGAACACACACUGGAGAGAAACCUUAUGAAUGUAAUCACUGUGGUAAAGCCUUUUCAUGUCACAGUGGUCUCCAAAGCCAUGAAAGAACACAUACUGGAGAGAAACCUCAUGAAUGUAAUCAAUGUGGUAAAGCCUUUUCAUUUCACAGUCAUCUCCAAAGACAUAAAAGAACACACACUGGAGAGAAACCUUAUGAAUGUAACCAAUGUGGUAAAGCCUUUUCACGCCACAGUACUCUCCAAUUACAUAAAAGAACACACACUGGAGAGAAACCUUAUGAAUGUAAUCACUGUGGUAAAGCCUUUUCUUGUCACAGUGGUCUCCAAAGACAUAAAAGAACACAUACUGGAGAGAAACCUUAUGAAUGUAAUCAAUGUGGUAAAGCCUUUUCCUGUCACCAUAGUCUCCAAUAUCAUAAUAGAACACAUACUGGAGAGAAACCUCAUGAAUGUAAUCAAUGUGGUAAAGCCUUUUCAUGUCACAGUAGUCUCCAAAGACAUAAAAGAACACAUACUGGAGAGAAACCUCAUGAAUGUAAUCAAUGUGUUAAAGCCUUUUCAUGUCACAGUGAUCUCCAAUAUCAUAAAAGCACACAUACUGGAGAGAAACCUCAUGAAUGUAAUCAAUGUGGUAAAGCCUUUUCAUGUCACAGUGAUCUCUAA